AUGCUUUCGUUUUGUCCUUCAUGCAAUAAUUUGCUGCUAAUUACGAGUGGCGAUAGCGGUGUAUAUACGUUAGCGUGCCGUUCGUGUCCCUAUGAGUUCCCUAUAGAGGGUAUAGAGAUAUAUGAUAGAAAGAAGCUACCAAGAAAGGAAGUUGACGACGUCCUUGGCGGUGGUUGGGACAAUGUUGAUCAAACUAAAACCCAAUGUCCCAAUUAUGAUACGUGUGGUGGUGAGAGUGCUUAUUUCUUCCAGCUACAAAUUAGGUCUGCUGAUGAACCGAUGACUACCUUUUACAAGUGCGUGAACUGUGGCAAUAGAUGGAAAGAAAAUUAA